GCAAGGAGCAUCCAUGCGGCUGCAGGACGGGAUGUGCCGGCCCUGGGUGCUGCUGCUGCUGCUGCUGCUCUCAGGGGCUGAUGCCAGUCACAUCGUGGGGGGCCACGAGGCUCGGCCCCACUCCCACCCCUACAUGGCAUUCCUGAAGGUAGGAAAACGGGCCUGCGGAGGCUUCCUGGUGGCGCCAGACUGGGUGAUGACAGCAGCACACUGCAUGGGGAACAUCACAGUGAUCCUGGGGGCUCACAACAUCCACAAGCCAGAACGGAGCCAGCAGGUCCGGGGGGUCGACAGGUACCACCAGCACCCCGGCUACGACCCCAGCACCUACUUCGAUGACAUCAUGCUGCUCAAGCUGACAGCAAAGGCCACUCUCAAUGACUACGUCAAGACCAUCCCCUUGCCCAGAGGCCGCAGUGACCUCCCGACGGGCACCAAGUGCGGUGUGGCCGGAUGGGGCCUCAUUGAUGAGGAACAUGCCACCAACAGGCUCUUUGAAACCAGCGUCUCCAUCUACAGCCGCAGGAGCUGCGUCCGCUUCUACCCACACCUCGACACCGGCAUGGUCUGUGCCGGCAGCUUCCAUGAGCUCCGGGAUUCCAGCCAGGGAGAUUCCGGUGGGCCGCUGGUGUGCAAUGGGGUGGCACAAGGCAUCGUGUCCUUCGGGUACGAUGCUCCCCCCGGGGUCUACACCCGCAUCUCCAACUACUUGCCCUGGAUCAGGAAAACCAUGAAGUAGCCGCAGCUCCAGAGGCUGCUCCGGUUCACUCCUGCCCCUGCUCAAGGCUUGAGCCCCUCCUCAGUGCACACCAGGAUCCCUCCCUCCAUCCCAAGGCUGCUGCUUGUCCCAUUCCCUGCCCAUCCCGGCAGAACCAGCAUCAUCCCGGAUGGCACCUGGAAGAGGCUGGGCUACAACAGAGCCUGUUUCCAUCACAGAUCACCCUGUCCCUGCUUGAGCCUCACUGCACUUACCCCCAGUAAAGG